GGGAAAGAGAGGGGAAGAAGGGGGUAAUUGACUUGGGACUGAGAAGGCAUCGGCAUAGAGAGAAAGACGGCGUGAAGGGUUUGUCCGCAUGCAAUAGUAUGAUCAUACAGAAGAAAAGCUGUGGGAGAAACAGAGAUUGGAGACCAAGUCUGAAGGGAAGGGAGGGAAGAGAGAGAAGCAGUAUGCACAGAAGACGAAGCAUGUCGGGGAAGGAACGCCGCGCAAGGUAGAUAACAGAGGAACAGAAAUGCCCACCGAAAGAUGGUGCGGAGGAAGGGAGCUCUUCCUCUGCAUCCCCCACUCUAGCGGGGAUAAGUCCCAGACAGAGGAACAAAUGGAGAACACAAGAACGAGAAAUUCCACGAUGAUCCACCACCAAGGAUGAAGGCUUGCCCCCCCACAUCGCUUCAUUCCUUCAUUAGCGAAUUCUCUGCCUGCUCCUCUCACCCGGAAAGCAACAGUGGGAGAAAAGGGCUCCUCCAUGAGCUCCUUAUCGACUACUAAUCCAUCCUGGAAACCCACUUCUUAGCAACGCUGUCGCUCAAGUACCUGCACGUUGGCUGAAGGACGAACCUAGAGCUGUUUGUUCCUAAAGAGGUUAGGAUUUCACAUCCUGUGGAAUGCAACGCUGCUGCAGAGGGAUUAAACCCCUCGUGGAAAGACAACCUACGAUGGAUUUCGUGGACCAUAAACAAGGGGUGCGAAAUCCCCGCUCGGAAAGCUAACCUACAGCGCCAAGGUGAUGAUUUCAGAGAGGGCUUCACACGGAUAGGCAGUUCCAGGGAACAACCGUCUUCCCCCGAACAUAACGCACCCUAAAAAUGAAUGUAUACAAGCUACAUUUCCGGCCAGAUACAGCCAAAAUGAGGGUGCGUUGUGUUCGGGGGAAGAGGAUAGGCAGUUCCAGGGAACAACUGGGCAACGUACAGGCACUUCGAAGAAAAAAGAUACGGAACGAGUUGCUCCCGUGAUUCGGUACGACAAUAGGGGAGAAGCGAGUUAAGCAAGGUGGUAAUCAGUUACUACGACCAGGGGCAUAGUCAGACCAGGACCUUCUGAAUGGACUCCGGAAGCAAAUGCAGUAAUAUGGGCAUGCAGAAAACUCCUUAGUGUGAGUACACGCUCUGAGUAAGCCAAAGGGAAAAAAAAAAGCGAGGUUCACGGCUUUCAGGGAAAGAGUGGUGAACUGCCCACAGCUUUGCUUUCCCUUCCCCAUGUUCUGCCACCUCUCCGCUCACCAUUGCUCUGUUAAUCCCAUUCAAAUGACCCCGAUAAAACCUGUUAGACCCACAAAGCUGACGCGCCAAAUUCUCCAAUCACGAUGGAUGCUUCCUCAUGUAAAACGUGUACGCAAGACGUGUGCCCUCGUGAGCAGGGCCCUUCGUCGUUCGCUGUGUUUAGGACCGAAUCCGUUAAUCUUGAUGUCCCCAGCGUGAAAGGAUCCUGUAUGAUCGCCAAGCCGGCGUCUCUAGCACAGGACAGCAGGGACGUUGAACAGCGCGCCACCAGCGAAUUCAGCCCUCAUACAAUCAGCAAACCAUUCGACAAAGCCGCAUGCCCGCGCAUGUACGAGACUGCAGCCGCUGGAACUCCGCGAGAAGAAAAAAACAGGGAGGAAAGGAGGGAGGCGAGGAAAGGGAGAGGGAGGGAAGGAGAGGAAAAACACGCGCGCAACCCCCUUGGGACCAAAAGCCAGCACGACGAUACUUGCAACGGCAGCACGACAGCCUGACAUUCGUCGAGAGACCGAAUGACAGGAAGGGAUAACGGGAGUAGCAAAGAGGCGCUGAUUACUCCACAAAGAUGAUAAUGACUGUAAGCAAGAAGAUAUUGGGUACAGCGAUUGAUAAGACACGAGCUGAACAUGGAGAAACACUGUUACACUACACGGUCAAGAGUCUGAGCUAAGUACAGAAACCACUACAUUACAUGAGAUGUUAAGGAAGGACACUGGCUUCAUUCGCACUCUUGUGAGCCAGGCAUGCAUGCAUUCAACCUCUCCCACAGACGGGGAAAAAGAUGAGCGAGAGAAAAUCAAAGACUGAGCACGGGGGGGAGGUAAAAAGGACAAACAACAUAAAAAGCGCGGGAAAACGGGACAUACAGCACAGCCUCUGACAAACUGCGAA